GUUUUAAAACCGUUUUACCAAACAUGUUUUGUAGCAGAGAAAACCUGCGCUAAAAUGUGUGUGAGUGUAAUAUUCAAGAGUAGCGAGCUCGCGAUGAUCCUGCUCCAACAGCAUUUCGGCGCAAAAGGGCAGGGGGAGAUGUGUCUGUGUGGUAGCAUAACCUGCAACAUGAUAGAAUGAACACCCUCCCUCCCCAUUCCCACAAUAAUGGACAAAGAGACGUUAACAAGACGAAUCAUAGAGGGUUAAAGUCUUCUGGUUUCCACUGAGGUCUGCUGGGGCCUCAGAAAGUCAUAGAAACCUUCAUGAGCCGAUGUAUAUUUUCAUUGCAGCUCUGUUACUGAACUCUGUUCUAUUCAGCACUAAUGUUUACCCAAAGCUUUUGGUUGACUUUUUAUCUGAGAAACAAAUCGUAUCAUAUUCUGCCUGUCUUUGUCAGAAUUUACUUUUUUCAGAGUUUCUACUGUUGUCAGCCAUGGCCUAUGAUAGAUAUGUGUCCAUAUGUAAACCUCUGUUAUAUCCAACCAUUAUGACAAAAACAACUGUUAUAUAUCUUCUUGUUCUUGCUUGGCUUCUUCCUCCUCUUGUACUUUUGGGGUCUGCCAUACACUAUUCUCGUAGAAAGGUCUGUGAUUUUUCUUUGGCAGGACUUUUUUGUAACAAUUCAAUUGUAAACCUUCUUUGUGUAAAAACAAGACUUAUGUUGAUAGUUAUUUUUUUUCUUAUGUGUAAUAUUUUAGUUCUACCUGUGAUCUUCAUACUCUUUACAUAUGCCAGGAUAUUUCUGAUAUCCUAUCAUAGCUGUAAAGAAGUCAGGAAGAAAGCUGCAGAGACCUGUUUGCCCCACUUGAUGGUUUUGUUAAGCUUUACGUGUUUGAUAUCAUCAUAAGAGUUGAUUCUGAUUUUCCAAAAACAGCCCGAUUUGUAAUGACUUUACAAUUGGUUUUGUAUCAUCCUCUCUUUAACCCAAUCA